AUGGGAAUCAAGUCCGUUCGCAACCACGUAGCCGCAAAUGCCAUCGACAACAUAUUGUCACGUCCCAAGAAAAACCCAGAAGGACUUCUUGACUGGACGAAAAAGCCCAACUACGGCGUAGUUCCUGAGUACCUGAAGGGGAUUAAAGACAGCCUUGAGCUCGAGUAUGCCUACAUCGAGUCACUCCGGAAGGACGAUGCGAGGGGUGGCCUGCCAGGGAUGUCGGAAGCACGAGUAAUGCCAGAGUUAGAGAGGAUGGCUCUUCUCAGUGGAUUGAAGAAGAGGUGGAACAGCCUUAACUCUGAAUAUCAAAACACUACCCACAUCGUGAAGCUUGACACUAUCGGGAAGGCGAAACGGAAAGAACACUUUGAAGAGCAACUUGCCGCAAUAGAGAAGUACAUCAGCAAGGCAAGCAAGGGAACGAUCGUUAUCAGUUCCAGGUGA